CGAUGACGAUUUUAACCUAAUAAGGAAAUUUCCGUGAAGGCCAUCUUGGAAUCAAUCAAGCAAAACUAUAUUAUGAUAUUUCAUGAGCCGUGUCAAUUAUGUCAACCGUGAUCCAAUAAUAGCAUGAUUUUCACGUGUAGUUUGUGAAAUCAAUGAUCGAAUUUCGCGUUAACGGUAGAUGAUUGACACGUUUUAGUUGCCUCAGCGAGUUUUAGUGUUAUUUUGUAAGAAAACUCUUCACAACCAAACACUUGACUGGUCCUAAAAAAGGAAAAUGGCAGCACAUCGAAGACAACAUGCAGAUGCUAAAAAUGGCAAGUCAUAUGGAUUGGCGAAUUCUGGAAAGAAAUCGAGGAAAGGAAAUGAAACGAAAGAAAUAAAAUCAACUGUAAAUUUUUCCAAGAUUGCUUAUACAAUUUUCAUUAUAACUAUAGCUGCUGGGAUUUCAUAUUUACACAGGAAUUAUGUAUCAGGGAUGUUUGAAAGAGAUCGUCAUUUUUCACAUCUAUCAUCAUUAGAAAGAGAGUUAUCAUUCCGUACAGAGAUGGGUCUAUAUUACUCAUAUUUUAAAACUGUUAUAGAAACAGAUACUUAUAUCGAUGGUAUAUAUUCCAUCAGUCAUGAUAAUGUAACAGAGUUUCCUGAUACUAUUAAUACUUUAAAACGCUUUAAUCUCUACCCUGAGGUUUUAUUGGGAGGUUUAUACAGGCUGUAUGAAGGGAUCAAUUCCUAUUUUGGGUAUCAAACUAAACAGUGUUGGACUGUGAACAGAGGAGAAGGACUGUCCCCUGUACCAAGUUGUGUAGGGUUAGGUGAUCCAGCCUAUUUUUAUAUAGAAAAUAUUUUUGCAUUGAACGGAGCAAUGAUGGGAUUAUUUUUUCUAUUUGGUACUUAUCUUAGUGGUACAUUAUUUGGUGGAAUUUUAACAGUUAUUUUCUUUUUUUAUAACCAUGGGGAGGGUACAAGAGUACAGUGGACACCUCCAUUAAGAGAAAGUUUUGGAUAUCCAUUUUUUGUUUUAGAAAUGUUUGUUGUUACUCAUGUUUUAAGAAAUCGAAAUCCCUCCACAGUGAAAUAUUCUUUAUUGAUAGCCAUUGCCUGUGUUCCUUUUAUGUUGUUUUGGCAGUUUGCUCAAUUUGCUCUGUUAACACAAACCAUGUCUGUGUUCGGUACUUAUGUUUUACAAUUUAUAGAUAGAAAAAAGAUAAAAAUUAUUUUAUUAGGUCAAAUGGUUGGUUUAUUGAUAAGUUAUAUGUUAUUGUUUAGAAAUGAAAUGUUGUUAACUUCCUUUUAUGCUGCUGGGUUAAUCACAGUUUCAAUCAUAGUUUUACUAGAACCAGUGAUAGAUAUAUUGAGAUUUAGACUAAUAAUAUGGAUUGGUCAAGGAACUAUGUUAUUAGGAGGAACUGUAGGAUGUAAAAUUUUAUUAUCUAAAGUACUUCAAGUACAGGAUGAUGCACAUAUUGGUGAUAUCUUCCGUAGUAAAUUUUCUGAUUUUAGAAAUUUCCAUACCAUGUUGUAUAUUUGUGCAGCUGAAUUUGAUUUUAUUGAUCAAAAUACUCUAGUUUUAUUAAAUAAAACAUUAUUAAUACCAUCAGCUGUUGUAGCUUUAUUAGCCAUCACUUUUACUGUGAUGAAAAGAGAAUACUCAGAUUGGAGAAAACAAGAAUCUCAAGAAAUUCAUUCUGAUUAUAAAAAUACCAUUAAUGAUCACAGCAAAUAUAAACCACAUGCUGAGCUAAUCUACCAUAUACUACAAGUUUUAGCCUUCACUGUAAUGGCUGUGUUAAUUAUGAGAUUAAAAUUGUUUUUUACUCCUCAUCUUUGUUUAAUGGCGUCCCUCCUAGCUAGUAGAGAUUUAUUUAGUUUUAUUAAUAAAAAAGAAUGGCAUUUUGGACUGUUAGCAUUAUUACUAGCAGGUGCUAGCUAUAAAGGAGUAGGUAAUAUUCAAGCUCAGAUGAAAAUACUGGGAGAAUUUAGUAAUUUACCAAUGGAAGAAUUAGUAGAGUGGGUUCAACAUCAUACAGUACCUAAUGAUGUAUUUGCUGGACCUAUGCCUACCAUGGCCACCAUAAAACUUACUACCAAAAGGUUCAUUGUUAAUCAUCCACAUUAUGAAGAUGCAGGUCUCAGAGCCCGAACAUUACAAGUUUACAGUAUGUUCAGUCGAAAACCAGUAGAUGUUGUUAAAAAUAAUUUACUUCAGUUAAAAGUUGACUAUGCUAUUUUGGAAAAUUCUUGGUGUGUCAGAAGAACAAGGCCAGGUUGUUCAAUGCCAGAAAUCUGGGAUGUAGAGGAUAAAGAAAAUCAAGGGAAAACACCAGUUUGUGAAAUAUUGAGAGAAAAUCCAGAACCACAUUUUAAACGAGUAUUCAGAAACCGACAUUAUGAUGUUCUCAAAUUAGUCAAAUAA